AUUCCAGUCAUUCGCGAACAGCUCUUUGUGGUCUCGACGGACAGUCCCGCAAACAACAGAGGCAACUACUUCACCGUAUAAAACCUUUAUCUGUUUACUCCUCUGAAAUCGCCUUCCAUGGCGGACGACGACAUCUUUGGCGAAGAUUUUUUGAAUUUGGAAGCGAACCAUCAAAAGGAAGGCUUCGACGAAGGCUACAGAGAAGGCUUGAUCGCCGGAAAGGAGGAGGCGAAGCCGACGGGGAUCAAAACUGGGUUCGAGGUGGGCGAGGAACUCGGGUUCUACAAGGGAUGCGUGGAUGUAUGGAACUCAGCGAUCUGGGUCGAUCCGACACGGUUCUCGCACCGGGUCCAGAAGACCGUGAGGCAGAUGGAGGAGCUGAUUGAGAAGUACCCGAUCAUGGAACCCGAGGACGAGAGCGUCGGGGAUGUGAUGGAGGCUCUGAGGUUGAAGUUCCGGGCGGUUUGUGCUUCGUUGGGUGUGAAAUUGGAGUAUAAGGGGUACCCAAAAUCUGCUUCUGAGGCUACGGAGACGUCGUUUUGAGAUGGUUUGUUGUCGUUCUGAUGGAAUUAGGGUUAAAGGUGGAAGCUUUGGUACUUAUGGGGAGUGUUGGUGUUCUUGAUAUGUACUGCUGAAAUUGUUUUUGGUUCUGCUGUGACUAGUUUAGUCUAAAUUAGAUACAAUUUACGGGUCUUAGCUUUUCGAUUUGUGGAUGCAUUUUGCUUAUGACAAUGUUAUGAAUUCUGUUGUUUCAUCGACUUGUUGUGCAAGAAAUGUUCGAAAAUUUUAUCCAGCA